AUGUGUGAGCAAGCGUUAUGUUUAAAUCUUACAAAUGAAAAUGCCUGUGAAACACUGAUACUUGCCGAUUUACAUAGUGCUGAACAGUUAAAACAUCAAGCCAUAGAUUACAUCAAUGUUCAUGCAAAUGAGAUUAUGGAAUCGGAUGGUUGGGGUUGUUUGGUACGUGAUCAUCCACCAUUACUCGCUGAAGUGUUUCGUGCAUUAGCAACUCAACAAACGCCACCAAUCAUUAUGAGUCAUCCACCGCGGAAACGUCUGAAACAUUUGUAG